AUGAGUGAUGCCCGGGCACCCGCGCGGGCCAAGUCAGGGCGUCACUUCGUCUCCGGGCUUGGCUCCGGCAUGGCGUCGGCCAUUAUCCUGCAGCCCCUCGACCUCUUGAAGACAAGAGUGCAACAAUCAGGCCGUUCUUCUCUAACAGAUUCUUUGCGCGAGAUUCGGCGGUCGCCGCAUCUGGUCCAAAGCCUAUGGAGGGGUACGGUACCCUCGGCCUUGCGCACCGGCUUCGGAUCCGCCCUGUACUUUACGUCCCUCAAUGCCAUCCGCCAGCGCGUGCAACGAAGCUCCAUGGGGGCCCGCGCGCAGAAUCAGAGUGCCUCUUCGGCUCUACCGUCAAUAUCCAACGCAGCCAACCUUGCCUCUGGCGCACUCGCCAGGACCUUUGCCGGCUUUGUCCUCAUGCCACUUACGGUCAUCAAGGUGCGGUUCGAGUCGGAUAUGUACUCCUACCCCUCCAUCUGGGCCGCCGCCCGUGAUAUUCGUCGAGUGGAUGGCGUCCGCGGAUUCUUCUCCGGCUUCGGCGCCACGGCCAUCCGGGACGCUCCUUACGCCGGCCUGUAUGUACUCUUCUACGAGAUGCUCAAGACGCACCUCGGUGCCCUAGCAACGCCGCAAGAGAACCAUAAUCGUCAGCCCGCCAGUAUGAGAGCAUGGGUCGCAAGUUCUGUCAACUUCAGCUCGGCCAUAUUGGCCGGCGCAGCUUGCUCCGCAAUCUCCAAUCCUUUCGACGCCGUCAAGACGAGGAUACAGCUUCAACCCCGGCAAUACCGGAAUGUAUUGCAAGCUGGCUACCGCAUGGUUGCCGAGGACGGCUUCCGGUCCUUGUGGAAUGGACUGGCUCUGCGAAUGAGUCGCAAGGCCCUCAGCUCAGCCUUGGCAUGGACCGUCUACGAGGAGCUCAUACGCAGGUGA